UUUUUUGUGUAGCGGUCUUUUAUCUUUCAUCGCUACGCGCCAUCACCAAAGAAGCUUUUUAGCAUUUCUCUCUUUCUCCCUCAUCUACCUUCUUUUCUCUUUAUUUUACUAUUCUUUGAACUUCAUCUUCCUCACUAAUAUAUAGAAAGUGUAUUACAGAGUAUUAUGUCCAUGGCAUCUACACCACGCUCUAUUCCUCUGACUUGUUCAGGUCAUACGCGUCCUGUUGUCGACUUGCAAUUCUCUAGGGUCAUGUCCGAUGGUACCUACUAUAUGAUCAGUGCAUGCAAAGAUGGCAAUCCUAUGCUCAGAGAUGGACAAACAGGAGAUUGGAUCGGAACGUUUAUCGGACACAAGGGUGCUGUUUGGAGCGCACGUAUGAGUACUGAUGUCACAAAGGCCGUUACCGCUUCUGCCGACUUUACAGCUAAGGUCUGGGACACAUAUACCGGUGAAACCUUGUACUCAUUCCCUCAUCAACAUAUUGUUCGCGGAUGUGAUUUCUCUGGUGAUGGCACUCGUAUUGUAACCGGUGGCAUGGAAAAAAAGCUGAGGAUUUUUGAUCUCAACAAAGAAGAUCUGACCGGCCAGCCAUUCCUUGUAUCAGAGGGCCAUUCUCAAAUGAUCAGGAACGUCGUUUGGGAUGGUGCACGGAACAUGAUUUUAAGCUCUGGAGAUGAUAUGGAAAUCAAAGUAUGGGAUCCUCGCUCUUUUAACCAGGUUCACUCUUGUAAGAUGGAUGGACCUAUCGCCUCCAUGGAAUUAUCGGCAGAUGGACAAUACAUUACCUCUACCACUGGAAAAUCAGUUUACUUCUGGGAUGCUCAAACCUACACAUUAAGAAAACACAUUAAGACCGAAUAUGAUGUCUCGGCUGUAUCUUUGCAUCCCAAUCACACUCGGUUCGUUGCUGGAGGAUCCUCAGAUCUCUGGGUGCGUAUUUAUGAUUUUGAAUCAGGUCGUGAGCUCGAAGUCUAUAAGGGACACCAUGGUCCUGUUCACACCGUUAGCUAUAGCCCCGAUGGUGAAUUAUAUGCAACAGGAUCCGAAGAUGGAACAAUCCGCCUAUGGCAGACAACACCUGGAAAGCGUUAUGGUCUCUGGCAAGGAGAUGGUAAUGAGGAUGCAUAGACAAAAUACCUUUUUUCACAAGUUAGAAAAUAGUAUCGCUCGCUCGACGCAAAGCUGGGGGAAAAAAUAUGAAACAAUAAUAAAAAGAAAUUUGCAAGAAC